UCCAAGUUUUCUUACAUUCAUCUGAUUAAAUCCAUACAUUUUUUUUUUUUUUUGAUCAGCAGAUUAAAUCCAUACAUUUGUUCUUGUUUUUUCUCCACUUUCUAGUACUAGUAAUAUCUUCACUUUUUUAUCUUUGUUUUUUUUUUUCUACCCUUCCUUCUCUCUAAUCAAGCAGCAUUAAGAAACAAAACACCUUCGUUCUCAUUCUCUGAUUUCUUCCCACCUCCCCUCUCUCUCUCUAGGGCGAUCCGAUCAGCCCAUACUCUCUUCAAUUCGUGGCCAUCGGACCCCAGAAUCCGAGCUUGUGGGAGCCAAAUCCUAGGGUUUGGUCUCUAGGAUUGUUGUGUGUGUGUGUAUAUUUGUAUAUUUAUAGCCAUGGAUUCAGAAGACGAUAUGCUCGACGCAAACUCCGUCGACGACGAUUACUACAGCGGGGACACGGCCGCGGACUACUGCAGCGACGACGAUUGCGGCGACUACGAGUUCAUGAACCACGACUUCGAGGACCCGCAUGACAUUGUUGCCAAACACCAGCAGAAAAAUUAUGUGGUCCUGAACGAAGCAGAUAUACGCCAGCGUCAAGAGGAUGAUAUCACAACAGUAUCCACUGUCCUCUCCAUACCAAGAGUAGCUGCAAGCAUCCUACUCUGUCACUACCAUUGGAGUGUGAGUAAUGUGCACGAAGCCUGGUUUGCUGAUGAAGACAGAGUACGCAAGACUGUGGGCUUGCUGGAACGGCCGGUUCAAUUUUCGAAUGCUAAAUUAUUGACUUGCGGGAUUUGUUUUGAAAGCUAUCCUCUUGACAGGAUUAGCACUGCUGCUUGUGGACAUCCUUUCUGCAGUACAUGCUGGAAAUCUUACAUGAGGACAUCCAUCGAUGGUGGUCCUGGAUGUUUGAUGCUGCGAUGUCCUGAUCCAUCUUGUUAUGCUGCUGUUGGUCAGGAUAUGAUCGGUCGACUGGCUUCUGAUGACGAUAAGGGGAAGUAUGCCCGUUACCUUCUUCGUUCUUAUAUAGAAGACAAUAGAAAGACCAAGUGGUGUCCUGCCCCGGGCUGUGAGUAUGCUGUUGAAUUUGUUGUUGGCAGUGGAGGUUAUGAUAUUGCCUGCUCAUGUUCGUAUGGCUUUUGUUGGAAUUGUACAGAAGAAGCUCAUCGUCCUGUGGAUUGUAGCACUGUGGCAAAGUGGAUUAUGAAAAACAGUGCAGAGUCUGAAAACAUGAAUUGGAUACUAGCUAAUUCCAAACCUUGUCCGAAGUGCAAGCGACCGAUUGAGAAAAACCAAGGUUGUAUGCACAUGACAUGCACGCCACCUUGCAAAUUUGAAUUCUGCUGGCUGUGUCUUGGUGCAUGGACUGAUCAUGGUGAGAGAACAGGCGGUUUCUAUGCAUGUAAUCGUUACGAGGCAGCUAAGCAAGAGGGGGCUUAUGAUGAAACUGAAAGGAGGAGAGAGAUGGCUAAGAACUCCUUAGAGAGAUACACUCAUUACUAUGAACGUUGGGCAACCAAUCAAUCGUCGAGGCAAAAAGCUCUUGCAGAUUUACAUGAAAUGCAAAAUGUGCAUCUCGAGAAGCUUAGUGAUAGACAAUCUCAACCUGAGUCACAGCUUAAGUUCAUUAUAGAGGCCUGGCUACAGAUAGUUGAAUGUCGGCGAGUCUUAAAAUGGACCUAUGCGUACGGGUACUACCUAUCUGAGGAGGAACAAGCUAAGAGGCAAUUUUUUGAAUAUCUCCAAGGUGAGGCAGAGGCUGGUUUAGAAAGGCUCCAUCAAUGUGCUGAGAAGGAUCUACAGAGUUACCUCAUUGCUGAACCCCCUCCUAAUGAUUUUAAUGAUUUCCGCACAAAGUUGGCUGGACUGACGAGUGUAACUAGAAAUUACUUUGAGAACUUGGUUAGAGCAUUAGAGAAUGGUCUAGCGGAUGUCAAUACCCAAGGGGGUUGCAGCAAGACAGCAGCUAGCUCAAAAGGUGGAAAGGGGAAAAGUGGAAGAGGAAAGGCAGCUUCCAAGACCGGUGGGCCCAGUAAGAAUUCAGACGAUUUGGGCAGUUGGUGUUGCGAUCAAUGCACUUAUUUCAAUUCCAGAACUUCAACAUCAUGCGAGAUGUGCCACCAUGGCCGGUGAAAUCCACCCAUUGCCUUGCGCUCGGUGGUUCCCACACGAUAGUAACCCUUUUGAAGCAAGAAGGAAGACAAAAAAGGCAUGGAGGAAGAGCCGAUCAAAACUGAAGCAAACGAUGCCUUGUGUUCAAUACAGCUUUUGGGUGGAUUCUUAUCGUGUGUGGGAGAAUUAAGAUAUGAUUCUCGGUGUAUAGAGCGUCUACAUUCUAGCAAUAGUCAAAUAAUCAAUUUACUGUUGGACGUUCGUGAACUUCUUCUUGUUGUGACUGAUUCUGCAUAUGUUAUUUGCGAAUGAUGAUAGCCAGAGGCAAAUUGCAAAUCUCUUCUCGUUUUCUUGCCUUUUGGUUGGUUACUGCUUCAAAAGCUUUGAAAUUUAGCUUCUUUGAUUGUGCAAUGGAAAAUGAUAUUUAUCUGUGAUAAUACAUA